CCAUGGUGCAUGCCAUAUUUAUAUAACUGAUCCUGGAGAAACAUUGCUCUGUCUAGCAGAUCUGAAUGGGCUUUCCUUCUGAACAACUGCAAAGUCCUCAGGUGCCUGCGUAAAGUUGACAAACUAAUUGUAAUACCAUCUAUGUGACUUAAGGACAGGACUAUCUCCCAGUGUCUUAAACCCAGAUCAUCGUACACUUGGAGCUCCUACUGGACCUCAAUGGCCUCGACAUGCCACGGCUGAUACUGCAGAGGAACCAGCCAUCACCAACAUGUUCCUUUAACUUUAACUAUGGAGGCAUUUGGGAGUGCAGCACUUGAACCAAGACAAAUGUCCUCACAGGGUGAAAGGUGGUGUACACCAUGGACAGGUUGCCAGUCCAUCACAGGACCACACAAGCAUUUACAAAUACAUUUGAUCAAAGUUAAACAAAGAAAUAAACAAACUAAUAUCAUGGUACAAUUGAAACAACAGACUAAGCAUGUGCUGUAUUCUUUUAAGGAUUUCCAGCAGGCUGUACACUGAAAGGUGCAAUGAUGCUCAGCCCCACACAGUUCAAAGUUUCUUUGAUGACAUCACAUUAAAGGAAAAGGCUUGUACCCCCAUCAUACCUGUUUGCAAGGGUUUUCAUUAUUGUGUGGUUGGAUUCUUAAGAGCUGAAGUAAAUAAUUAACAUGUAAAUGUCCUAUUGAGUUCUGGUGAAGGAUGAUGAGCCAGCGGCGUGGUAUCCAUCUGGACCAAUCGGAGCUGCUUUGCAAGAAAGGAUGUGGUUUUUAUGGCAACAAUGCCUGGCACGGCUUUUGUUCUAAGUGCUGGCGAGAGGAGAAUCAGCGAGAAAAGCAAAAACAGAUUCAAGAAGACUGGGCACUUGCAGAAAGGCUUCAGAAAGAGGAGGAGGAAGCAUAUGCAAGCAGACAUCAGAAGGCCCAGUCACAGCCAACAAUCACUCCCUUCAAUAAGUUUGAGGAAAGAAAAACAAAAGAAAAGUCCAGCAAAGUUCACACAGUCACAAAGUUUUUUAUUCCUUCCACAAAAACACCACCAAGAAAAGAUGCUGCUUCCUUAGAUACACAGUCCAGCCCAAGCCCGAGCUCCUCUGCAAGUCGACAUUCCUCUGUGGACAGUGAUCACGCAACCCGAGAGUUCAUUGAUUUUCUCAAGCCUCUGAAGUCUGGCAGGGAGAUCUUCAAACAGUGCCGCGCCUUCACGGAGACCAUGGUCUACAAGCGAGACAUGGCCGCUGAUGAGCUGUCGGAGUGUGUGCAAGACUUCUAUCAGAACCUCUCAGAUCGUCUCCACACCCAGUUCAAAGGUUCCUCAGAUCAUGUAGAGAGUAUUAUGGAUGAAGUAGAGAAAUACAUGAUGACCCGUCUUUAUAAGGAAGUGUUCUGUCCUGAGACCACAGAUGACGAGAACAAAGACCUGGCCAUUCAGAAGAGAAUCAGAGACUUGCACUGGGUCACUAUUGAGAUGCUGUGUGUUCCUGUAGAUGAGGAGAUCCCAGAGGUCUCUGACAGGGUCGUCAAAGCCAUCACAGAUGUAAUUGAAAUGGAUUCAAAGCGUGUGCCCAAGGACAAACUGGCUUGCAUCACUCGUUGCAGCAAGCACAUCUUCAACGCCAUCAAAGUCAGCAAGAAAGAGGCUGCGUCUGCUGACGACUUCCUCCCCACACUCAUCUACAUCGUGUUGAAAGCAAACCCUCCACGACUACACUCCAACAUUCAGUACAUCACCCGCUUCUGCAACCCCAGCAGACUCAUGACGGGAGAGGAUGGUUACUACUUCACUAAUUUGUGUUGCGCAGUGGCCUUCAUUGAGAAGCUGGAUGGUCAGUCCCUGAACCUGAGCACUGAGGAGUUUGAUCUCUACAUGUCGGGCAAAGCGUCCCCUCACUGGCCACAAACCAGUGGAGCUUCUUCCUCCUCCCCGGGCGGCACUGCUCUUAAUCAAGUCCACAAACGGCUGGACCUGCUCACAGGGCUCGGGGAAAGGCAAGAGCGAGUCAUAGAGAAGGCUCGACAACUUGAGAGCGACCUAAUUGACUGGACAGAUGAGGUGGAGCAGAAGGUGCAGAGUGUUCUGGAAAGCUUUUCACCAGAGGCACAAAACCCUGCUGCAACCGUGGCUAGUGGGACGACGUCUGCGGCCUCGUCAGCUAUUGACUCGGAUAAUGUGGAGAACGAGCUCCUGCCUCCACCACUGCAACCACAAGUGUUUGCUGGUUGAUAAAAAGAGCUUUGCUCUGAAGAAAUCUAGAGGCUUUACUCCAUCCUUCGCCCUUUUUUCCUCAUUGUUAAACUUUGCUGUGUGUAUGCACAAACAGCAGCUGUGAUAUGAAUCGUAUUUCCAUCAUCCAAGUCAUCCAAGUUCCUUACAUCCUUUGCCUAGAGGCCCUGAAAAUACACUUUAAAGUAAAGGAACAAAUAAUUAAACAAAAUAGUUUAGUGUUUAGGAAAGUGCACUUUAGCUUUCGCUUUUGCAGGGUAGGUGAUUGAUUCCAAUCAGGUUUGUAAAAAGUCACAAAAUCUGCCCACAUAAACCCUUUUUUUUAAUGACACAAGCAAGACAAGUAUAUUGUUGUGUGUCACCUAUAGAGUCACCUGUGUGUGAUCACCAGACUGAUGUGAGAUCAGCGUCUAUCUCAUCUUAAAUAUGGCAAUCACUCAUAAAUCAUACUAAAUAAAAUGACAUAAGUUGGAUAAAAAAAAUUAACUAAAGACUGUCCACAUGCAGCAUUUUCACUGGAGACACGCAUCAGACCUGCAUGUGUCCGUGUCACUGAUCUGAUGCACCCUGCUGGUGCUUUCACAGCGUCAGGCCAAAGAAGUAGGUCACACUUGUCACACUGGUCUUUGUCGACAGUGAAAUAAGUCGAAGAGGGUUCAUACACCAAGUUGUUUGUUUUUUUUCGUUUUUUUUCUCUGCACUUAUGUUGAACAGCAAAGCGGCUGUGUGGGAAAGGUGGCACUGGUAUUAACUUUGUUUAGAUUUUUUUUUCUCUUCUCUUAUAUGGAUUAAUUAAUCCAUUGAAGCUGCAGCAACUUCAGUCAUCUCAGCAGAAUGGCCCUGAAGACUGUGAGCAGAAUGUAAAGUUACAGCUGUGAUGUUAUGGAUUUAGGGUUACUAGGGGUGCAGAGAUACAGUAUUUACUACCUUUGACUGAUCAGAUUGUGUAUGUUCUUGAAUGUGAAUUGGUUUUAGCAAAUAUACUGAAAUUAGUAUACGGACUAAGUAGCCCUAGUCCAUCCCCAGAUAGGGCUGCCACUUUUUAAAAAAGAAAAUCAAUCUUGCAUCUCCAAGGUGCCAAAGUCACUUGGGUUGUACAGGUCCCUCUUGUACAAUCAGUCAGUCAGUCAGUGUGUUAACAUGCAUGUUAAAAGUCCUAAACUAAUUUGGUAAUUUUACACUCUUAAUGUCAUGUAAACACAUUAGUCCAACUAAUAUCAAGCUUGUCUUAGUCAGACAAACAUAAUGGAUAAUGCGAGUCAUAGUCCGAUUACACCUGCAUGUAUGUAUACGCUUAGGUGGACUGGAGUUGGACUUAUGCGCAUGCACCAAAAUUUUCUACCGGGACACUGACCCGGAAGUAGAACACAGCAACAACAAGAGCCAUGCUCGAUCUAAUUUGUAUCACGAUUAACAUGUAGAGCAGCUACAAAACAUACAGAACCACAGCACGAUCCAUCUCACCGUCCAUCUCUUAAACUGCAUGUAAAGUACAGACUGUCCUAUGAUACGGUAUGAGUGGCCUCUGCUGGAUCCUAAGGGGUACUAUUUCAAAUUGUCUAGUUUUACGCCCCAUGUUUGAAAUAAAAAGGUGAUGGCUCUAUCCUGAGGCAAUAAUAAAUCACUCCAACAUGAGAAGAUGAA